CAAAUAAUGGCUGUCGGUGACUGCGUCCGUCGUAGCGGUUAGUUCCGAAACGGCAUCCGCGCAGUGAACACCUACCGUCUCCGAGUUUCGAGUAUGUGAAAUAUUUCGUGCAAGUUCGUUUGUGAAUGUGUUUUGUGACUUUUAUGUGAUAUUUCGUGCUAUCAACCACACAAACAUGGCUCUUUGGAAAAUUGUCACCUUACUGUGCGCAGCGACGCUCUACGCGGAAGCUAAAUGGAAUCACCAUCAAAAGCGAGAAAUCAAGCCGAGUAUCUGCGACCCUGGCUACAAUAAAACAAACAAAGUUCAAUGCUACUGCGUCAAAGAUAUUCGGGACCCAGCUGUAGUGAGGAGCGCUGAUUGCUACCUAACGACAGAGGGCGUGGGGGAAGACGAUAUGAUUUGGAAUGAAUUUAAGAUUCUAAAAUCAGCUCAUAAACUUACACUCUCUAAUUCUAGAGGGAUCACUUUAAAAUAUAUCCCAAAGAAAAUAUUUAACGAGACUAUAGAAUUACAGAAAGUCGAUAUCAAAUAUGGCCUAAUAGAAAAAGUAGUGGCGUUUGCAUUUGCUAAUUUGAGUACGCUAGAAGACAUCACGCUCAGAGACAAUCAAAUAUCUGUCUUAGAACAAAAUGCAUUUGCUCACCACAGAGAUUUAACUAUCAUAAGUUUAGACACAAACAAGAUAAUCGAAAUAAACAGAGAUGUGUUCGUAGAUUUGCCAUCUUUAGAGAAACUUUACUUAACAAGCAACAAAAUAACGACUAUACACGACAAAGCAUUCCUUCAUUUGUCAAAUUUGCGAGAAUUGGAAAUCGAUAGGAACGGACUGUUCAGUUUGAAUAGCGAAACAUUCUCGGGCCUGAAGAAAUUACAAAAACUCGAUCUGAGCAGUAACAGUCUGGAAGUGAUCGGGGAUAACACAUUCCUGCCGCUCGUCAAUUUACUAUCUCUAAAUUUAGGAGGAAAUAAAAUCCAGAUGCUUGAUGAUAGAGCUUUUAAUGGGUUAGUCAAACUUCAGUCGAUGUCGUUGGCCCAUAAUAAAUUGGCUGAUAUUGAUAAUGUUAAAGUAUUUGAAGGAUUGGAAGGCCUGGUGUCUUUGAGUUUAAGGGCGAAUCAGCUUAAACAACUAAAACCUGAGGUCAUGGCCCCCAUUCUGACCAACUUACAAGGAAACAUGAGCAGUUUAGAUGUUGAGGACAACAACUUCCCAUGCAGUUGCAGUUUGGACUGGUUUAUAAUAUCUCUGCUGAACAAGACGCAAAACAACCAUCUCAAGAUCGCCAUCGAGAACCUCAAAUGUCUACCAGACGCGAGCUUGAGGGAAGCUUGGGCGAAAACAGAUGAAACUGACAAGAAUACAGGACAAGUGUUCGAAGAUGAAGAGUCCCAACUCCAAAACGCUGAUUACGAAUACUACGACGACACACAAUUAAACGGAAGAUUAUUCUACAUCGACGUUAGGGAUUUACUGAACUGCACUAACUCGUCGAAACGGCAUACUCCAGUAACUGCUGCAACUUCAAAAACCCCUGUCCCUUCUACCAAAGUAACCAAAGCUACUUCUAGUCCAACUACAGUUAAACCGAAAAUAGAAACUACCGAAAUUACUAAAGAAAUAAAUAAUGUUAAUAACAUUGUAAAAGCUAAUCCAAAAGCUGCAAAAGGAGAUUUCACAACAACGAAAUUAGCCACUGUCUCUUCUAAUCCUAUUGAUAACAAUUUGUACGAUCAGGAUAUGGCGUCUGAUGAUCCUAAACCAGAUAAAAUCAAGGCUCACAGAAGUGUUCAAGACAUAAACGAUGUACCCAAUGCUAGACCAAAUAGUGCAAUAAAUAAUGUAGGCUGUGUAACGCUUGUAUUAUUAUGUUCUAGAUUAAGUUUCUAUUGAAUUACUAAUAUGUUUAGAAUCUUAGGUAUUAUAAGCUCCACUCUCACAGUCAUUAAAUUAAAUAAAUAGAUUUAAGAAUA